CAUGGACACUCUAAGCAAAGUUGUGACACAGUAUCUGUUGAUUAUCGACCCAGACACUACUGCAUGAACUACCGUAUAAAGUAUGACUCAUAUCUACCAACACACGAAGGACACCGACCUCUCUGGCCCGUAUUUGGGGAGUAUAGAUAUGUUCCACCGCAGCGCUGGCUUCACAACAUCGAGCAUGGUGCUAUUGUCAUGCUGUACCAUCCGUGCACUCAUCCCUAUUAUGUGGACGCACUUCGCAGCAUAGUCACAGGCUGCCUUCGCAAGCAUAUUAUCACUCCUUACAUUCACCUGAGCCCGGACAGGCCUUUGGCUUUAGUUGCUUGGGGAUGCCGCUAUGAAAUGAGCACUGUGGACCAGGAAGAAGUUGUGGCAUUCAUCAAAGAAAAAGCUCUGAAAGGGCCUGAGGGUUCCUAUCCAAAGGAAGGCCAGUACACACAUUUUCUCCUGAAGACUUCAACACCCCCUGUGGGAUCUGACAUGAAUGAUACUGUCAUCUGUCCCGGACUGUGAGCACAGGGCCUGCAUUGCAACCUUGAGCACAACUCAAAGUGAGGAGGCCAUUUUAAAAUAUAUGGUUGGCAACAAAGAAAUAGCCUCUGCUCCAAACUUUACUCUUUGGCAGUUCCUUGCACCAUGCAAAAGUACAUUGGCAACAAACCCAAAAAAUUUUUGCACAAAGUGGAAGAAACAUGGAACACCACGCUCGAGCAUGAAUCAUAUUCUGGCCUGUACGUAGAACCAGAAAAAAAUGUUAGGCAAGCUGGUCUCGUUAUUUAUCUUUUUCACAAGUAUGCGUUUGACAAGCUCGUUUGUGUUCUAUCUUUAAAACAAGUUGACAAAGAGUUCGAGCCUAAUACUGUUUAUCUGGAUGCCAGUUCACAAUUCUUAUUGAAAGUUAUUUUCUGUCACUCGGAGAGAAAGAAGACUGUUUGUACCAUCUUGCAAGUACUUAUCAAACAGCAUAUCUGACGGGAAAAUUGUGUUAAAUUUAUUUUAAACUUCAUAGCGAUGAAAGUGCAUUCAUAUUUAGGGGUGUGCGAAUAGUGAAAUUUCACCCCGAAUCGAAUUCGAAUCGAAUGGUGCCGAAUAGUGGCCAGAAUUAUCGAAUAUUCAAUCAAAUAUCGAAUAGUUUAUAUACACGAAAUAUGUACCACCAGUUAUGGCAAGACAAAGGAAAAAUCAGGAACGCUACGGCGUCACAGUUUUAUUACGCACCUGUUUGAGAGUGACUUUUGUUUCAGUUUUUAUGGGCGUGCAAGCAUGUUGAUAGAAGAGUCGCCAUUCCAGUCAGCAGCACCACUCCAAACCUCCUAACGACUAGCAGAGGGGGGUAUGGUAGCUAGCUUUUUCCCGAUGGUCGCGCAAUAUGGCUCAUCUGACAACGGUAACGUUGUGCCUCAUUGCCAUGGGUGCUCCAAGCCCAAAAAUCUUUGGGCACCCGUUCACAGCAGCGUUUUAACUGCGUGCAGAAACGAUGGAAGUUUCUGAACGAGUGGUUCGGUGUGGCAGUGGCGACUGCCUAGCGUGAACAAAUUUUUACAAGCAAAGCCAAUGACCGAGAGUUUCGCAGGCCAAAUUCUGGACGUUUUAUGGUGUUACGGUGCUUGCGGCAUACGCGAUCAAACUACGCAAGAAGUCCGUGCCUUCGUUUCGGGAACGAAGUUGUGAAGGGCUUGACAGUUUUCUCAUUUGUUUUUCUACGAGCGGAAAUGACAUAAUCUCCUUUAAGAUCAGCCUGCACUCGCUUUUGAACCAGGAUGUCAGUGAAAGUUUUAACGAAAUGCCUAUUGUAAUGUCGUUAGUUUUUGCCACCCCACCCUACCCAAGUUGCACCAUUGGCCUUUGUCGCGUUGUAGAUAUUCGUCCUCUCGAAUUAUUCGAAACUUCGAAAACUAGCUAUUCGAAAGUCGAAUCGAAUUAUUCGAUUAGGUACUAUACGAUUCGAAUUCGAAACUCAAAUAUUCGCACACCAUUAUUCAUAAUACAACAAUGCUACUCUAUUGUAGAAAUCGGUGACAUAGUCAGUGCGCCUGUGCUCUCACUCACUGCUUAUGCAGAGAACUAGAGAGCUUGUCAAUAUUGAAAUAUGGUGGUGCCAUGGAGGAAAGAAUCAAAAUAGGAGCGGGUCAUGCUCGUGAAGCUAGUAGUGCAGCCAUCUUGGUGGCCCUUUUCUUCUCCAGUCAGAUGAUGAGCAACUUGCACUACAAGGAGCCGUUGAGUUAAUACUGUACUGCUGAUGUGCAUCAGAACAAAACCUACGAAGCCUUUGCAAAAAUUUUAAUGAUGCAGACAUGUCCUUUUCUGUGGCCCAUUGAAGAAGACUACAAAGACUUGCAUCGUGAUUGCUUGACAGCAUGCAUGCGUUGCAAUAGUGAUGCUCACCGAGCAGCACACAGGUCAACCUAUGUCUGAUUCUACUUGCAGACCGAAAACACAAUUUUCAAGCUCACGGAGCACUCUACAAACACAGCUUUUGUCAGAAAAGGAGUGUGCUGUGAGAAAAUCUCCAAGCAAAACUAUUUUCUUAUUUUCUUGAAGCCCUUAGCAGCACUGGCCCUGUUACUAUGGGAGCGUGUAUGUUUGGGGACAGCAACCCCAGGAGUCUCCUUAUUCUUAGGUGGGCCUGUUGGUUCUGUCACAAUGCCCAGUAGUCUUUUGACAUUGCUUCAGCACAUCAGAGUUGGCUUGCUCCUAACUUUUCCUUCCUCCAUGGGUGGAGCCUAGUGAUGAGAGACAGUGCCAGAGCAUGCUGGGAUUUCUUAUCACUGCUGAAUGCCAAAUGUUGUUAACAUAUAACUGUUGCUAUUUCUGCAUCUAUAAUUUCUGUUUGUUAUUUACUUAAUGCUCUUCAACAUGUGGCUUGCAUUGAACUUUCACCAGUGGGAAACAGUGGAUGUUACUGCUGUGCAGCAGCAGACGUGGGCAAGAAAUAUCCAGCUGCUGGACCAUACAGACCAUUUGGUCCAACAGCAUACAGAUAUGAUGAGUGUAUUUGCUGGAGCCAAUGUUUCGACAAUGCUCAUUGCAUAUUUCUUUCCUGCGCAAGAGCUGCCGUUGUCUUGCUGAAGUGCUGUUUUGUUGUAUGGUUUGCAGAGAAGGAUAAAACAAAAGCAUUCCAUGGAUGUGUCUUUCAUUAAUCUGACACUUUUACUGCACCGAGGAGUUCGUGUGAGUGUAGAAGCAUAAAGGACAUGCAUUUGCAAUGUGCCAAAUGGAGUGCCAUGAUACAGUUGUAUUUUUCAUGUGCCUUUAAUUUUCAAGGAAUAUGUAUGUCUGCAUAUAUGCUAAUUGUGUACGACCAGUGUAUCUUAUUUAUGUCAGUGUGCACAUGACAUUAAAUCGAACAAUUUAAUUUGCA